AUGUCAAAAGAUUCAUCAGUGCCAGCUGAGCUCCUCAAGGAGGAUGGCAGACCCAAGUGGGACAAUAAGUUCCAGUACAUUUUAAGCUGUAUCGGAUUCGCCGUCGGUCUGGGGAACGUGUGGCGGUUUCCGUACUUGUGUCAGAUACACGGAGGAGGGGCAUUCCUGAUCCCAUACUUCAUCGCUCUUCUCUUCGAGGGAAUCCCACUGCUGCAUCUUGAACUGGCCCUAGGACAAUGCCUGAGGAAGGGCAGCGUCGGUGCCUGGAACACCAUCUCGCCUUACCUUGGUGGAGUCGGGGUUGGUUCGUGGAUGGUGUCACUUCUUGUGAGCUUAUACUACAACACUGUUUUAACCUGGGUGAUGUGGUAUUUCAUAAACUCCUUUCAAGAACCUCUUCCUUGGAGUGUUUGUCCUCUCAAUGAAAACAGAACAGAGCUCAAUGAAGAAUGUUAUGAAAGCACUGCAGUCAAUUAUUUUUGGUACAGGAAAACUCUGAACAUAACACCUGACGUCACCGAAAGCGGCACCUUACAGUGGUGGCUCAUUGUGUGCUUAGCAGCUUGCUGGGCAGUCGUUUAUCUCUGCACCAUCCGAGGAAUUGAAACCACAGGAAAGGCAAUUUAUGUAACAGCAAUAUUUCCUUACCUGGUCCUAAGUAUAUUCCUUAUUCAAGGACUCACUCUACCAGGAGCCACUGAGGGUCUGGCUUACCUCUUCACCCCUAAUCUGAACACUUUGAAAAAUCCCCGUGUAUGGCUUGAUGCAGCUACCCAGAUCUUCUUCUCUCUCUCUUUGGGUUUUGGAGGGCUGAUUGCAUUCUCAAGCUACAAUCCACCAAAAAAUGACUGUGAAAAGGAUGCUGUGACAGUUGCAAUUGUGAACAGCAUGACAUCCCUCUAUGCCUCCAUCCCAGUCUUUUCUGUUUUGGGGUUUAAAGCAACCACAGGCUACUGGGACUGCCUGGACAGGAACAUUAACAGUAUCAUCAAUGAGUUUGAUCUUCCAGAAGAAAGCAUCAUGAGACAGAACUACACAGCUUGGAUUAGUUUCCUAAAUUCAUCAUAUCCAGAAAAAAUUGCUGGACUCAAACUGAAAAGCUGUGACCUUCAAGAAUUUCUUCAUCAGAGUGUAUCAGGAACUGGCUUGGCUUUCAUCGUUUUCACUCAAGCCAUCAUUCUCAUGCCAGGCUCCCAAGCCUGGGCCAUCCUGUUUUUCAUAAUGUUGUUCAGCUUGGGCCUUUCCUCUAUGUUUGGGAACAUCGAGGGAGUCUUCACUCCUCUCCUAGAGCUUCAAAUUAUAUCUCAAUCAAUACCCAAAGAGCUAUUAUCUGGUAUAAUAUGUCUAGUUUGCUUCCUCAUUGCUCUGUGUUUUACACUGGGUUCAGGGAGUUACUGGAUUGACAUUUUUGACAGCUAUGCAAGUUCCUUGCCUCUUCUGGUCAUUGCUUUCUUUGAAGUGGUUGGGGUUGUGUACGUCUAUAAAAUUCAAAGGUUCAGUAAAGAUUUGAAACGGAUGACUGGACGAGAACCCAAUCUCUACUGGCAGAUCACAUGGAGGUUUAUUAGCCCUCUGCUCCUGCUAAUUGUCUUCAUGGCCUUUGUUACACUUCAGAUACAGAAGUCACCAACCUAUGCAGCCUGGAACCCUAAACAUGAAGGCUUCCCUAUGAAAGAGGAGAAAGUUUAUCCACCAUGGGUACUGGCCAUCUGUGUGCUGUUAGCUGUCCUUCCUUGUGUGUUUGUACCUCUGACAACACUCUUCCACCUGAUCAAACGAAUGUGCAGCAGCAAGGACCCAAACUUAGUACCACUAGAAGUGUUUUCAUGUCAGGGGGCUAAUAGCAACUUCUCUCAUCCAAAAGAAUAA